CAGGAACGCCGAUGCGUCAGCUAAUACGAACCCGACCAUUGACCCAACGUCGUAUUUUGGUCUAAAUGGAUACCUAUCGUGAUCGAGCCCGUUCAGAUCGCAGUAGGGAACGUGCACAGAGAAGAAAGAAAAACCGAGGUGCAGGUGACGCAGUUCGGGGUGAAAACAAUGAUCCACGCGGGAAUUACCACGAUCAAGGCUUUGUGGACGUUGCUUACCCAAGUGAACACGGGGAGGUUUAUCGAGAUGUCGAUUACAGCGAUAAUUACCACCAAGACCAGUUAGACGAUGGUGAGUUUGAACACCAACAUUCCCCUGACGACGAUUAUGUUCCUCAACGUCGUCACAAGAAGAAAUCAAAACGGUCUUCUUCCAAACCAACCACGAUAGAAGAUAAAGAAUAUGUCAACGCACCCUACCGACCUGAGGAAGACUAUCCACGCAAGGAUGAUGAUUUGGCUUAUGAUGAUCCGGAAUAUGAUGACCAACAGUACGAUGAUGAUGGAUAUCAAGUAGAGUCUCAAGAAAACUACCCCGAACCAGAGGAUAGUGUUUUUUCUGGAUCGCAGAGAAUACCCAUCCCAGCAACCCGUAGUCAUCGUUCAUCUAAACCAAUCCCCCGCAAUGGGAAGAUUCCGCCGUCGGUUGACUCCUUGUCUGACUACGGCAGGCAGUCCGCUGCUGCCGAGACUCCUCGAGCUGUAGGUGGAGAAGAACACGGGUUUUGGAACCCUGAAGUGGACGUGGGAACUGGUCGUCAGCCUUCGUUAAGUGAGCAGCCGCCUUUUACCGGAUUGCAGAAGUUUAUUGCGUCCUUUCGCCGUCUCCGCAGACCCAAAGCUCCCAAUGCUAAGGCUCUCACCGAACAGAAUGUGUCUAACAGUGGUACAUUGGUUCUUGCACGCGUUAUAAUGCUGGAUGGUGAAGAGAUAUCCUUUCAAUUGGACCGUAACGAUACAGGACAGUCACUAUUUUCACGUGUUUGCCAACACGCCGAUAUUGUUGAAACUGAUUAUUUUGGAUUGACCUAUGUCAGCAACAAGCUUCGCACCUGGUUUUGGUUGGAUCCCGAGAAGAAGAUCAACAAGCAACUGCGGAAUGGUGAGCAGUGGCUCUUCUCCUUUCAAGUGAAAUUCUAUGCCCCGGAACCCACUUUGCUCCAGGAAGACAUUACCCGUUAUCAACUAGCACUCCAAGUUCGACAGGACAUAUACACCGGGAAACUGCCGUGCUCUUGGGUCACUCAGGCUUUGCUUGGUUCGUUCAUGGUCCAGGCCGAGCUGGGUGACUAUGAUGAACGCGAACAUGGUGGAUCCACAGAUUACCUGAAGGAAUUCGAAUUUGUUCCAUCACCGACACCACAGCUGCUGCAAAAGAUCGCAGAAUUGCACAAAACCCACGUAGGAAUGAAGCCAAAUCAGGCGGACAUCAAGUACCUGGAGACUGCCAAACGUCUCGAGUUGUACGGUGUGGAUUUGCACCCUGUUCGUGACACGGAAAACGUGGAAAUUUAUCUGGGUGUCGGGUUUCACGGGAUUGUGAUCUACAGAGACCGUUUGCGUAUUGGACGUUUUGCCUGGCCGAAAGUGUUGCGGAUCUCUUACAAAAAGAAUAAUUUCUACCUAAAAAUUCGUCCGGAUAAUCGCCAUGCUGGAUCAACUGGACAUCUGUAUUCCAACUUACCGCGCUCUGGGAUGCGAGAUACAUAUGACCAAAUGUCGCAGCAGCGCAGGACGAGUGUCGCAGACCGUACUCCGUCCUAUGCUUCUCCACAAGGAAGUUACAUGGACGGUUCGCGUUCCCAUGAAUAUGUCAAUCAGGCCAAGUUCCUGCGAAACGGACCCGUCGAGCAGGGAUCAAUCAUGAGUGGCUCAGUAAUGAGUGACUAUAGUGCGAAAUAUAGUCAAAACGAAAUUGCAUCACGACGGACAGCUUCCCCACAAUACCCGACCGCUCGAAAAUCAGCAGGUUACGGUUACGAGGCCCCGAGCGAAGUCAGCCAGUCAACUGGCUAUCAGAAUAAACCAUCUCAUUCAAGUAGGCGGCGACCUAGUGGCGGGGUUCCUGCAUUAGGUGGCAUAAUGCUUACGGACCCGAUGCCCAGGCGAGACAAUCCUCAGGUGAAAACACGCGAUAGAAAAGAACCUCCACGUCACAAUGCUGCAUUUGAGGAGCCCGAUGAGCCAGUGGAUGCGUCUUUAGAGUACGAUGACGAGGACGAACUGGAGGAGGAUGAUCGACAUUUCGACUACCCACCACAUUCUCCAGAUGGCCGAUAUGGUCCACAAUCACGCCUAGCUUCGAGAACUCCUCCCAUGCCCACAAAUGCUGGUCGAACAAGGGCCUCCGAACAGUCGAAGCCGCCCACUAGACAUACGCAUAUUCAAUUGAAAAUGUUACAAAGUGCCACAACGUAA